GUUUCGCCAAAUAUCUUUAGGACGUGAACAGAAGCUGGAGUUUGUGCUUUUUCCUCUCACUGCCCAGAUCUUACCUUCAGCUCUGACCUUUGACUCUCCACCGGAGGAAGGUUUUUGUCUCCAGAGAUGAGCCAGGUGGACGGCAGCAGACAGCCGGUCUCCUGCACAGUCAAACCUCCGGUCUACCUGCAGAUCGGAGAGCCCAAAGCGGAACCGGGUCAGUCCGGGGUCUGUGUGCUCGAUGUCCCCCUCCCCUUUGGGAAACCAGUCAGUGUUGAGGAAAUCACCUUUAAGAACUACUACACCGCCUACGUCACUGUGCGUUUGCUGAGGAGGGCUUCUGGGCAGGAAGGGCCGACCAAGUGGGUCACGGCUCUCCGAGACCUGCCGCUGAUGGACAACCCGCACACAGAGAGAGGCUCCCAGGAUUACUACUCCAUCCACAGGAAGCAGAUGCUAGUGGAGCCAGACCACGUGGUUUCGGUCCGGCUGAUCCUGAGGCAGCCAUCGUCUGCCUGGCUGAGCUUCAGCUUGGAGGAGAUCAAAAUUUUCCCUCACAUGGAACCGGAGCCCCAGAAGGAGGUUUCUGAUUGGCUGUCUGACCUGAUUCUGGUCGACCAGCUUCCUGAUGUAGAGGGCCUGCCGGACCCGCACACCGUUUCCUCCAGCAUCCAGCAGAUGUGGGCUCUGACCGAGGUCAUGCAGACCAACCAGACCACAGCCUCCAUCGGACGCUUCGAUGUGGACGGAUGUUAUGACAUCAGCCUGCUGUCGCUGACGUAACGCGGCUUUCAGAGCAACACACACUUCCUGUGUGAGUGGAGACAGAAGAGCGAAAACCGCUGCUGGUUUAUCGCUUUGUGUCGUCAUACAUGAUCAUCAUGAUGCAUCAGCAGAAUAACUCCUCAGUCCUGAUCCUGAUCCUGGUCCACUUCUGGUUUUAUUUGGACAUUUCUCUCAUUUUGUCUCUAAAAUAGAAAUGAUCUUUCUUCUUCAUUUGUUUUGGUGUUGUUAAUAAUUCAGACUGUUAAAGAGAAAAAAAAUCAUAAAACUGAUCAAGUUAAAUCAAUUUUUCACAGGAUUAACAUUUAGAUCCUAAAUGAGGAAAAUGAUUCACUCAUUUACAUAAUAAAAGGUUUUUGUUUCAGCAUAAAA